AUGGAUUUCUCCGGGGUAACACAUUACGAGGUGCUCGGAAUAUCGAGGGAGAUUCUCGACGAGGCAAAGGACACCCAGCGUCCACAAAUCGUCAAGCGCGCCUACCACCGCGCUCUCCUUAGGCACCACCCGGACAAGGCAGUAGCAGCCGCCACCGUCGCGACCGCCACACCGUCCAAAAGCUCAACGGCGGCAGGCGCGGCACCGACGGGGCAGGCAGCAUCGACAAUAAUCACAAUCGACCAGAUAUCCACCGCGUCGGCCGUGCUCUCGGACCGGGCACGCAGGAGGGAGUACGACGCCGCGCUGAGGCUCUCGCGCGCCGCCGCCGGCACCAGCGGUCACGGUGACGCAACGGGCCGGCAGCAACCGUCCGACUUCCAGACUGGGAUCGAGAUCGUGGACCUGGACGACCUGGACGCGGACGAAGAGCGUGGGCUGUGGUCACGUGGGUGCCGCUGUGGGAACGAGAGGGGCUUUAAGCUGAGCGAAGACGACCUGGAGGCGGUUGCUGACGAGGGCGAGCUCAUAGUGGGAUGCCAGGAUUGUAGCUUGUGGCUCAAGGUGCAUUUCUCUGUCCUGGACGAAGAUUGA